AGAAAUGGCAUGUACACCUGAAAUGUAACAUAAUGUGUCAAAAAUGUGGGUACCUCAAGAUGUGGGAUUUUCGAAGAAGGCAGAUAAAUGGAAGAGAUUUACUCUAAAAUAGUCUAGUUUAGAAACUUGGCGACUUACAGCAUCAUCCAACAGCUCAAAGCAUGUCUGGGGCCCAGGUACUGCGGUUCCUGAGGAGCCUGUCCAGGACCAAACCCCUGGAGCCUGAGGGUGAGGAGUCCAACUUCCGGCGUAACCUGACCACGCUGGACCUGGUGGCUCUGGGCGUGGGCAGCACCCUGGGGGCCGGUGUGUACGUGCUGUCGGGGGAGGUGGCGAGGACCGUGUCCGGGCCCAGCAUCAUCGUCUCCUUCCUGGUGGCCGCCGUCGCGUCUGUCUUUGCGGGGCUGUGUUACGCUGAGUUCGGGGCGCGGGUCCCCAAGACGGGCUCGGCCUACCUGUACAGCUACGUGACGGUCGGGGAGAUAUGGGCCUUCGUGACGGGCUGGAACCUGCUGCUGUCCUACGUCAUCGGAACGUCCAGCGUGGCCCGGGCCUGGAGUGGAACCUUCGAUGACCUCAUCGGGAACGCUAUCGCCGGAUCGCUAAGAAACAUGGCCGCCAUCGAUCUUCCCGGUCUGGCGCCUUACCCAGACUUCUUUGCGGCCGGCCUCAUAAUGUUACUAGCAGGGAUUCUUGCGUUUGGAGCCAAAGAGUCUGCUAUUGUCAAUAAGAUCUUCACAGCGCUGAACAUCCUGGUGUUGCUGUUUGUGAUUAUCAGCGGCUUCAUAAAGGGGGACAUUGAUAACUGGUACACCAGUGAGGAGUCCAUUCUCAACGAAACACUAUAUGGUACCCUGGCGUUGAAUGAAACCAGUAGCUAUGGUAAAGGAGGGUUCUUCCCCUUCGGCCUGAAUGGAACCAUAUCAGGGGCAGCGACCUGCUUCUAUGCCUUCGUGGGAUUCGACUGCAUUGCCACAACAGGAGAGGAGGUCCAGAACCCCCAGAGGUCCAUCCCGCUGGGCAUCGUGGCGUCGCUCCUCAUCUGCUUCCUGGCGUACUUCGGCGUGUCGGCGGCGUUGACCCUGCUGAUGCCCUACUACCUGAUCAGCGUCCAGAGCCCGCUCCCUGUGGCCUUCGACUACAUCGGCUGGGCGCCGGCCAAGUACGCCGUGGCCGUGGGCUCGCUGUGCGCCCUGUCCACCAGCCUCCUGGGGUCCAUGUUCCCCAUGCCCCGGGUUCUGUACGCCAUGUCCCGGGACGGCCUGCUCUUCAAGGUGCUCAGCAAGUUGAGCGACAGGCAGAGCCCAGUCAUUGCUACGCUGGUAUCCGGUGCUGUUGCAGCGUUCAUGGCCCUGGUGUUCGACCUGAAGGCCUUGGUGGACUUGAUGUCCAUUGGAACUCUCUUUGCCUACACUCUUGUAGCCGUGUGUAUCCUCAUACUAAGGUACCAGGCGGAUCUCACUGAGGGCUCGGGUUCCAUCCAUCCAGAAUCCUUCUCUCUGAUGAGCACGCUGUCUCCGCCCUCACAUGCCACCCCUCGCACCUCCAGCACUGUGUCAAUGUUCACCGUCUCCAUCAUCUUCAUAGCCAUCGGUAUGAGCCUGCUGGUUAGUAAGGGAGGGGACUCCCUACGGAGCCAGGAGUGGUGGAGCCUCCUGGCCCUGACCGGGAUCCUGGUGCUCGUGGUGCUGCUGGUCGCUGCCAUCUGGAGACAGCCGCAGAACUCCACCACUGCUACCUUCAUGGUUCCCUUCCUGCCCGUGCUUCCCGUCCUCAGCAUUUUCGUCAACGUCUACCUCAUGAUCCAGUUGGGAUCCGACACGUGGGCCCGCUACGCCGUGUGGAUGGCAGUCGGUCUACUGAUCUACUUCUGCUACGGUGUGCAGCACAGUGUGCAGAAAAGAAGGCUUGAAAGCACACAAAAUGAAGUCAAUAUUCAGAACCUCCCUAGAAACUUUGAGUAAUGAUUUACAGUCUGAGCAGGCUUCAGUGGAUUGCAGAUGUGAGACGUCAUGUGUGCUUUUUAUUUGUUGUAUCAACUGACUUGCAAGUGGAGGCAGCAUGUUUUUCAGGACCAACAUCGUUGAAUUCUUCCUCCAUUUUUAACUAUCAUGGCCCAAACUUUUUAUAUUUUUGAAGUAGCCUACAUUUUUUAUGUAAUAUUUUUUUUAGCUAACAAUAGUAUUUCUCAGAGAAAAUAAUAUUGAAUUGUUUGGGAAUUGUAUUCAUUUAACUAAUUGCAUGUUUUUUGAAGUGUAUUAAAUGCAUUAAAAUGUUUUGGGAUAAUAUACAAAAGAAAGGGAAAACAUUUCAUUUAGAAUUCUGAGUUAUGAGUUUAUGAUAAAGAUGUAUUUGAUUAAGAUAUAUGUUUAGAUUUUAAAAUAAAUUGGAAGUCAAUAUUUAUCAAGUUAAA